UAUUUGAAAUACAAAGCGCAAACUAACGGCACAUACACUCCACUCCUGGAGGAAAAGAAAGGCAGCUCGUAGUGCAAAAUAGUUUUGUGUUUUAAUUGUUUUGUUUUUUUGUGUCUGAAAAAAAAAAAAAAAAUUCACUUUUAUUAAUUUGAUGUGCACGGUGCUCGUCGGUGAAUGGAAUUUUGUGUGACAUAUUUGUGUUUUGUUUUGCCCGUUCAAUUGUGAUUUGUAAUUAAAAAUUCCUUCUUUUGUUGUUUUGUCGUAUUUGUCUGGCGUCUGCCGUGUGGGAAUCGAACACCUGAGCUGCCAUCACACAUAAAGUGAAUAUGAGUGCAUUCGAGGUUAAGGUGACACCAACGCGAUGCAAGAACAAACGCCUGGCCGAGUCUCGCGAACCCACUGAAGUGGUAAUGGCGCCAUUUUCCGGCAAAUCCAUAGUUCUCUUCGAAGGUGUUCCCGUAACAAAAACAGCAAGAAGAGUUCUGCGCAUAAUAAAUCCCUCGGAGAUGGAUAUUGAGGUAAGUGUUUGCAAGCCACUAAAUCCCGAGCACAAUAUUACCCUCGAGUGGACAGAGAACUCUGUGCCGGCACAGAGUGAAAUAUCCAUGGAUAUGGUAUGGUCACCACAAGUUGAUGUGUCGUGUAAGGAAACUCUUCAGCUAAUCGAUGAUAGAAAUUUUCGCAAAGACGUCAUGAUCAUUUUAAAAUCUAUACCAAAUAAAAGCGCCAAGAAUGUGCGUAAAUUUCCCACAAUAUCAUCGGGCAACAGUACACAUGUGAAAACAUUGCGACUUAAAUCACCCACAAGUGCUGCCAGCAAAGUUAGCAGAUUAACACAACAACAUCAGUAUCAGCAAUUGCAAAAGAAGAGAUUGUCAACAGCUCUUGAAAAUAACAGUAGCAAAUCCCAAGGGGUCGGAAGGAACGAGACAAAGCCACCACCAUCAUCGCAUUCGCAACCAUCCAAUCAUAAAGGCACCGGAGUUAGCAAUAAGCUAUCAUCAAUGCCGGUAACGCGCGAUAAUACGGCAACGUUGAAAGCCAACAAUAUUCAGGCCCAUACGUCACCUUUAGCUGAACGCAAUAUUUAUGCAAAUGAAAAUGGCGAUCAUAUAAAGGUAGCAUCGAAUCUCUCACCGCAUUUUCUCCAUGAUAAUAACACGAAGGAUGCGUUGAAAGAGAACGUUAGUCCCAUGGCUAUCUCUAAUGUUUUGGACAUGAUUGAUGAACUGAAAUUUACACCCGCUACUGUAACGUUGUCCAAACCCACUCAAUCACGCUUAGAAAGUCUGGCUUCCUUACCAACACCGAUGGCAACGGCGCCAAUUAGUACUCCAGAUCACACAGACCACGCCAGGGAAUUGAAGCCCAGGCGUUUAUCGAAUGAGUUAUAUGAAGAUGAGCAGGGUGUACUUUCCAAUGAAGAUUUACAUAAUGACACCAAAGGUGUUACAAUAGUCAUUACGAACAAAACGUUUGAUAUCAAACAUUGUGAGAGUUUGGAUAAUACUGCAGAGAAUUUAAAUAGUUCGUCAGAUGCAAAUUGUGGACUUAGUGUGGGAACAGUGUUGCCUCUAAAUAAAACAACUGUUAUUAGUACAACACCCGUGGCGAGGCCCCUGGAGAUUAUAAAAGAAGAAGAAAAUUCAAGUCCUCCUAAUGCGAUAAAUGUUAUCAACACACCAACGGGGCAGCGAGUGGAAACUCCCAAAGCAUCAACAGAAGAAGACCUUAAGCGCGACAUUAAAUUGGUGGGAACACCAUUGCGCAAAUACUCGGAAUCCAUGAAGGAUUUAUAUCAGAAAUCGCCACAGUCUGCAGUAUUAACUCAGGGGUCAUUGCCAAACCUGAAUGAGAUGGAAACCAUUAAAGCAUUUGAACAAAAUCGGUAUUUUCAACAGGCCACUUCUCAAGUCAAACUUAGCAAUUCUAAACAGGGCACAAUCGGCAGCAGUGCGGACAAUAAACCUGUGGAAUCCGCUCAAGAUACUUCCGUGGAUAUGCUAAACGCUAGCCAGACUAGCCUUAUUUCGCACCCUGAUGUAAUGUUCAAUCACAAUGAAAUUCUUGCUCAAUCCAGUCGGUUCAAUUUGAAUGAGGUUGGAUUAAAGUGUCGAAAGAGCAGCCCAGUGGUGAAUAAAGCAAAAAAUAUUAAUUCAAGGAACACUUCCAACACCCCGCCGUCUGCAACAAAAACAGGAAAGUCUAAACUUUAUACCGUGACAGAAUCUAAUGGCCAUAAAAGAAGAUCAAACGAAUUGUCAUUUUCCGAUUCCCAAAGUGUCGAGUCGGUCAUCAGUUCAUGCAGUACAAAAACGAGUUCCACCAAAUCCAGUUAUUCCGCAGUAUCACCACCAAAACGACAAAAGCUUGAUAAUCGAUCUCCAUCAAAUGCCGCAAUGGCUAAAGUUAGGUCAUGGUCUCAGACCCAACCCAAAAAAUUCAAGUUAGCAAAAACAUUGUCAUUGGUUAAGAAACCAGUAACGCCGCGUAAAAUGAAAGAAGAACCCCGCACAAGAUUGUACGAUUCGGAAUUAUUUUUACAACCCUAUAUAAAUCCUGAUCCAUUUGCGGCUACGACAACAUGUGAUCCCUUUUUAGCCUCGACUAUGUAUUUGGACGAAGCGGCAGUCGAUAGACAUCAAAUUGAUUUCAAAAAAUGGCUUAAUGCUUUGGUUACCAUGCCCGCCGAAUUGGAUACGGAUUCGAAUGCCAAAAUCGAUGUUGGUAAAUUAUUUAAUGAAGUUCGCCACAAAGAUUUGAUCUUGGCACCCACUAAAGAGGAACAGUCGAUGACAUAUUUGACAAAUUUUCGCUUGGAAUCGCUACGCAAAGCAGCUGUACAACUAUUCCUAAGUGAAGAAAUGCGCGGCCCCUGUUCUAAAGUGGCUGUAUAUGUCCAGAAGAAUGCGUUACGCAUCCGUAGCGAUCGUAAUCUGCAUUUAGAUGUUGUUACACAACGUGAAAUUUUGGAGCUACUUUUAUGUUUUAAUCCAUUGUGGCUGCGUUUGGGUCUAGAAGUGGUGUAUGGCGAAAAAAUUCAUCUUCAAUCGAAUCGGGAUAUUGUUGGUUUGAGCACAUUUAUAUUGAAUAGAUUUUUCCGCGACAAAUUCUUAGAACAAAAAUACUCAAAAGCCUAUACUCUUUCUGAAGAAUACGCCGAACACAUUAAGAAAUUCACACUACAGAAGUUCUUUUUCCUGAUGCUAUUUUUGGACAAGGCCAAAGAAAAGCGCAUUAUAACCCACAAUCCAUGCCUUUUCAUUAAGAAAUCACCGCACAAAGAAACCCGGGAAAUCUUGUUGCGUUUCUCAUGUGAACUUUUAGCCAAUGUGGGUGAUAUAACACGAGAUUUGAAACGGUUGGGCUACGUGCUAACACACAAGCAAAAUUAUUUGGACGAAUUCGACUAUGCUUUCAAUAAUUUGGCCGUAGAUUUACGUGAUGGCAUACGCUUGACGAGAGUAAUGGAAAUUAUAUUGUUGCGGGACGAUCUAACAAAACAGUUGAGAGUACCGGCCAUAUCCCGUCUACAGAGAAUAUUUAAUGUCAAUUUGGGUUUGAAGGCCUUAAGUGAAGCGGACUUCCACCUAAAGGGUGAAAUAAGUGCCAACGAUAUUGUUGAUGGCCAUAGGGAGAAGACUUUAUCUUUGCUCUGGCAAAUUAUUUAUAAAUUCCGAUCGCCAAAGUUUCAUGCUGCUGCUAAAGUUAUUCAACAAUGGUGGCGUAAUUCCUGGUUAAAAGUGGUCAUUGCACGACGUAUGCGUCGCAAGGAAGAAUUGCGAAGAGAAGCGGCAGCUACCACUAUACAAAAGUUCUAUCGUGGUUUGAUAACCCGCAGAAAGGUCGAAGCCUAUAGGCAGGAGCGCACAGCUGCAGCGGUGGUAUUACAAAAAAAUUACCGUUCUCAUUUAAUGCGCAGACGAUUCCUUAUGACUCUCAAAUGUAUAGUUAUUAUACAAAAUUGGUAUAGAGCCACACUGCAGGGCAAAAUGGAACGUGAUCAGUACCAAAAGUUGCGUAAAAGUGCAAUAUGCAUCCAACGUCGUUGGCGUUUGAAGAAGGAAGCUAGUGCUUUAAGAGAGCAAGCAAUAUUAGAAAAAUGUAAAUAUCAUCAAGAAAGAAAAGCAGCGGCCUGUCGUAUACAAGCCCUAUGGCGAGGCUAUGUUGCGCGCCAAAGCUAUUCACGAACUUUGUCAGCAGUUGUACUUAUCCAAAAGAUGUAUCGAAGCCGCUAUCUUAUGAAUCAACAGCGUUCAGAAUACGAACAAUUGAGAAAAUCUACAGUUUUUAUACAAAGAAAAUUCCGUGCCAAUAGAGAAAUGAAACAGCAAAGAGAUUACUACAAACAGUUGAGGACAAAUGCCAUACGUGUACAACGCUGUUAUCGGGCCACUGUCCUAAUGCGUCAACAACGCCAACAAUAUUUGAAUAUUCGGCAAAAAAUUAUUAUUAUUCAAAGGAAAUGGCGAGCCACUCUGCUUAGUCGUAACGUUCGCAUCCAUUUUAUUGCAAUGCAAUACUAUGCUACGGUAAUUCAACAAAAAUUUCGAGCUACAAAAGCAAUGCGCAUCGAACGAGAAAACUAUUUACAUUUGCGGACUUGCAUUAUAAAUAUUCAAAGAAGAUUUCGUGCCAAACUUCUUAUGCGCAGGGCAUAUCGUGAAUAUAGAGACAAAAUGAUUGCCAUAAAAAUUAUACAAAGCCGAUUUCAUGCUUAUAAGAAGAUGCGUUAUCAAAGGGCAAAAUAUCAAGGGACUCGAGCAGCAGUCCUGUGUAUACAGGAACAUUUCAGGAAUUAUCUGCAAAUGAGGGAAGAACGCCAGGCAUAUUUAAGAUUCCGACAAGCGGCAGUAAGCAUACAACGUGCUUAUCGCACGCAUCGCGUUAUGAAAGUGCAACAGGGCGCUUAUCAACAGUUAAAACGGGCUGUUGUUUGCAUACAACGAAGAUAUCGGGCCACAUUAGCUAUGCGUGCUCAACGUAGGGAAUAUUUGCGUCAACGUUCCCUAAUUGUUAGCAUACAAUUACGUGUCAAAGCCACUCUCCUUGCUCGUCAAAUCCGCCAGCAGUACCUAUAUCAUAGGUCCCUUAUUAUACAAGUUCAAAGACGUUUUCGAGCGAAAAAACAAAUGGAAAUCGAAAUGAAGCAUUUCACUUAUGUUCGCUCUCAAGUAAUUUGUAUACAAACCUAUUUUCGCUCACAUUUACUAACGAAACAAUAUCAGAAUGCCUAUAGAGCCCAACGUUUGGCAGCCAUAAAAAUACAAUCUUGGUAUAGAUCAAUUUUGGAGAUGAGGAAUAAACAGAAUAGUUACAAGCGCCUUCGCACGUCAAGUCUUACCAUACAGAGAAAAUGGAGAGCCACCAGACUGGCACGUGAACAUCGAACGAAAUUUCUUCAAACAGUGCAAAAAGUAAUAUUUUUACAAAGAUUGGUUAGAGCUACUUUACAAAUGCGUAACGUCCAAGCGGAGUACCAGCGACAACGUCAAGCCGCCAUUGUCGUACAACGGCGAUUUAGAGCUCAUCGCGAAAUGCUACAAAUUCGCUCGCAGUAUCAGCUAAUACGUUCUCUUAUCAUUUGUAUACAACGCAAAUUUAGGGCCAAUCGUGAAAUGCUUCGGGUGCGUUAUGAUUUUCUACUGUUACGGAAAACGACCAUACAUCUGCAACAGAAAUAUCGGGGUCGUUUGUUAAUGCGUGAACAGCGCGAGCAUUUUCUGCAGCUCAAAAACAAUAUUGUUGAUUUUCAGGCCCAUGCUCGUGGUUUUCUGGCUCGUCGACGAUUCCAAGCUCUCAUGACCCCGGACAUGAAAGAGUUGUUGCGUCAAAAGAAAGCUGCAAAGAUUAUCCAACGUUUCUGGCGUGGUUAUCGUAUUCGGAAACGUUAUCACAAUGCUCGCAUCAAGGCCAUACGAAACAAUAUUGCUGCGCUUAAGGAAUCGACCAACACUGUCAAUACCAUUCGUUUUAAGGUACAGGAUGCUGUACGUAUACUAAGAGGUCGUUUUAGUGCUUCGGAAGCUUUGAAUGUCUUAGUUCGAUUGGAUCGUAUUUCUCGCACAGUUCCACAUCUUUUAAUGUGCCGUUCGGAUUUUAUUUCCACAUUCUGCUAUGGCAUUAUGGCACAGGCCAUACGGUCGGAAGUCGAUAAGCAACUGAUAAUGUAUUGCAGUCGCAUCAUUUUGAAUUUGGCUCGUUAUAAUAGUACGACCGCGAACACAUUCCAAGAAGGUGGCCUGGUUACCAUUGCACAAAUGUUGCUGCGUUGGUGCGAUAAAGAUUGUGAAAUUUUCAAUACUCUGUGUACGCUUAUAUGGAUAUUUGCCCAUUGCCCGGUCAAGCGUAGGAUUAUACGUGAUUUCAUGACCACCACUGAUGCCAUUUACAUGGUGCGGGAAACAAAAAAGCUGGUAGCACGGAAAGAGAAAAUGAAACAGAAUGUACGUAAACCGGUGGCAGCAAUAACGCACCGCGGUGUUGGAUCACAGCAACAAAACUUUUCGAGUCGUGCCUUACCAAGUUUAGAGCCAGAUUAUGGUGUUAUACGCAAUAAGCCAUAUACCUUCAUUUCGUCGGUGUAUGCCUUCGAUACAAUAUUGUAUAAAUUGGGAAUUGAUAUAUUCUAAGUGAUUUUUAAAUACGCAUCUCUCUGGGCGCACAGUCAGUAGCAUGUUGUGCUGCUCCCUAAGCAACAAUGAAGAAUACUCCGUGUGAUGAACACAUUUAUCAUCGUCAUCAAGUGGGGCCGUGUACAUUCAAUCCUUCUUUGGAUUUCAGCGUGCGUUUUACAUUCUAUUAUAAUUUGUUGUUUUCUUUCGUUUUACUUCACUUCGUUCAUUUUAUGUGUAUAAACUUAACUCGUUUUUUGCUCGUCAAUUUUGUUUUCGUGCUUGUUUUUUAUAUUUUUUUAUUUUAUUUGUAUUCUAUGUGUACUUGUUUGUAAGUCGUCAAAUGACAUUAAAUUCUAAUUUGAUUUUAUCUUAUAAGACGUUUUUCCCACAUAUCCAAUGGGAGCCUUAAGCGAGUGGCAAACAUUAUCACCAUGUCGACAAGGAACUUUUUCAAUACCAAACAUUCUGUAUGAGUUGUAUGUUCGAAAAAUAGUGUAUUUUAAUUUUAAAUCCUGAAACGAGUAAUAUAAAUUGAUUUAUUAAAAAAAAAAAAAACAUAAAUAUAACAGUUUUGCCUUACUCCAAUUUAUUGCACUGAUAUUGUAUUACACGCUUCUUAGUCUUUAUGACAUUUGUGUAUGCCUGCUCAAGGCCUAGAAAAGGUCAGCCAAGAAGAUAACUUUUGACAUUGGUUUGACAACAAACUUAGUGCUUUUUCACAAUUGUGAUUUUACUCUCUGUUAUUUGAAUUUCAAGUCACAGUUGACAGCAAACUUAGUUGUCAGAUGGGCUUACUGGUCCACCUUAUAUAGACCAUCCCAUGGGCCAUGUACCUGCUCUUUAUAAAUUUAUUAUUAUUUUUCCCGUCCCGUUAACGAAACUUUUGUAAGAAAAGACAUCGCAAUAUGGAUGGGUGGAUUUGAUGAGGCAACCAAAUAUAUAAAUGUCUGCAAGUUAGGGCAGAAUGUGCUCACUGAAAUCCACAGUAUUCACAUUUAAUACAAAUCAUUUCAGAUAUAAGUAGCGACAUUUUGUUUUGGAUUCCAAUUUGUAAUUCGAAUUAUUUUUAUUUAUUUUUUUAUUUGCUAUACCCUCCACCUUGGAAGGAAGGGUAUAUUAACUUUGUCAUUCCGUUUGUAACAACUCUAAAUAUUCAUAGCAGACCCCAUAAAGUAUAUAUAUUCAUAAUCAGUAUAAAAUUCUAAGUCAAUUUUACGAUGUCUGUCUGCCUGUCUGUUGAAAUCACUAUACAGCCCACAACAAUUUGUGUCUAGGAUGGUUGGUAUUAAAAAUGAUAUAUCGGUCCAUUUUUUGGUAUAGCCGUCAUAUAACGGUAUGUUGUUCGUUUUCAAAAUCAAAUACCCGAAUUAACCCGUUCAUACGGCACGAUGGGAAUUUAUGCAGAGUACACAAAAGUCGCACUGAUAUAAACUGAUUUAUUUAUUUUAUUUUUUAUUUAUAUUCAAUUAACACAGCCCAUACGGCCAUGGUCGGAUCCAAAAACUUCUAUACAUGACUGCUGAUAUAUAUGUUUUAAUAUAAUCCUUCUCGAAGUGAUAUCAUGUACCCAAUAGCAAUGUUAUUUGGUAUAAAAGAUUAAAAUGUCUCUGUAAAAUUUAGUGAAAAUCGAUACAAUAUAUCCCAUAUAUUAGCUCCCUCUGAAACCAAACUAUAACUGCUCUAAAGCCAAAUGUUGAUAGGUGGUAUGAUCUACCUCAAAUAACUGUGCAUAGUAAUAUUGAGUAUCAUAUAGUCGGCCACGCCCGACUUUUGACUCUUCCUUACUGGCUUUUUUUAAAUAUAUUUUUGUAUGGAGGGUAUAAUAAUUUUGUCGUUCCAUUUGUAACACCUUGAAAUUUAUAUUUUAGAACCUACAAGUUUAUACAUUCUUGAUCAGGAUAAAAUUCUGUCGAUCUAGCCUUUCGUUCGUUUUGAAUAUGGAGUUCGCAAUGGAUACUACUGACAGAAAUUUGCCUAUACAGGUCUACGGUUUAGUAUAGCCCCCAUAUAAAAGUUCAUCCCUAUAUUCGAUAUUUUGAUGAUUUAAGCGACAUGGUUCAACGGAAUUAUUUUAAAUAUAGUAUUUGGUGUCAGAAGUAGAUACAAUCUUCUCUGGUAUUGUGAGAAUUUAUGUGACAUUUUCGACGCAAUUGUUUCAAAUUUGGCGUUUGAAGUUCGUAUGACAUCAAAUUACCUAUGAAUCUUUACAUAUAUAUAUCCUCUGUUCCAGUACCUGCAAGAAUUUUCCAGUUUUGCAAAGGAAAAAUCGUUUAUCAUAAUUAAAACCUUUUACAUUCUUGCAGUUCUGCAAUAGAUCAAAAAUUGAAACUUCCAAUGUUCGGUAUUUUUCCGAUUUUCGCCACAUUUUUCAACCAAGUUAUCCGAAAAUUGGUGUUGGCAAUACAGUAUCACGCUUCGUUUAGCCCCCAUACCACUAUUGGUCUAUUCCAGUACCUGCAAGAGUGUACUAGUUUUCAUAAAGGGAUAAUCUGUUAUGGUAGUAAAAAAUUACAUUCUAGCAGUUUUGGAACAGACCCGACACCCGAUAUUCGGUAUUUUGAUAAAUGCAGGGCCUUAUUUACGGAUUUUUUCACACUUUUCAAGUUGCUUCCAAAUGGUUCAUUCGGUACGGACGAACUGAUCAGCUUUUUUUACUUGUUGCUUUUUCAAAUUCAACCGGUGAGACAUUUGUCAAAAUUAUUUUAGUCGAUACAUAAAUUGACAAAUGUAUGCAUAUUUUUACAGUAUUUGCUGAAAUUCCAACUCGUUAAUAAGAAGCGUACCUGAGAAGAUAGAGACGACAACAUGUAAAUUCGUUUGAAUGUACAUACUCCGUUCAACCUUAUACUUUUUAUUCAUAAUUUUAAUUUUGACCUGAAAUAUUUCAAAACCUUCAAUAAAUUUUUCUGUUUUGCAA